GCACGGCAUUGUUACUGUGUCGACUGGUAAGCACACAAAAAGUGGCCAAUCCAGUAUCCAUUGAGGAGCUUUCUCUUGUCCUCAAAACGACAUCACAAAGACAACAAUUGAUGAGAGCUGUCAGUAGUGUGGCAUCCCUCCUGAGAUACUGGGCAGUCAAAUGUUUGGACCUGACCGAAGUUUGCAUUCCUGCUCACAAUCUUAUGACACUGCUGCUUCACCGUGAUCCUCUAACAAUCAAACUGUGUGCGCAGUAUGUUCAGCAGCUGACUGUACUCAUACAUGAGAUCCAAGACAAAGACUUGACUCAGUGUUUUUUGAGUAAAGUGGGUGGAGACCUGACCUCCUGCUCUCUAGACUGGGAAUUACUUCACUAUUUGCUACAGAACUCAUCAACUCAGAGCAUCACUGUGGACUUGAGGAAGAGCAAGAUCUCAGAGAAGAGCAUCAUACAUCUUCUUCCCUUUCUGGACAGGAUUGUGUUUAAAAGGCCCAGCCCCAGCUUUGUGUUGUCUGCCAUCAGGGAGAGCUUCAAAACUCAUGCCAGGCACUGUAUACCCAGUUUACUGAAGUCAUUAGCCCAUGUCAUCAGCCUGACCUGCAGAGAACUGGACACAGUGGACUGUGCUGCUCUGCUCUUCAUCCUCAAACACAGCGAUGGAGUCAAACUCAACCUGCUGUGGACCUCCAUCCCACAAGGAGAAAUACAGGCCCUCCUGCUGACACUGGAGAACAUCUCUCAUCUCAGUGUUGACAGGAAUCUGCUGCUGAGGUUGCUGCAGGGUUGCACUGCCUCUGGUGUCCAACAGGGGGCAACAGCAGCAGGUCUGCUGAGGACCCUGCAGCACAAGCUGGAUCUGUCCUGCUCCUCCUGUGUGGAGCUGUCAGAGCAGGAGCACAGGGAGACCCUGUGUCUGGGUGCUGGAGACUGCAGGGCAAUCUCCACUGUCCUGAGACACAGCAGCCAGGACACACUGCUCAACCUACAAGACUGUGAGGUGGAGGACAGUGGACUGGAGCUGCUGUUUCCUGUCCUCAACAAAGUCCACCUGAGAACCAGCAAAGCCCUCCUCAUCCAGAUGGUAUCCCUGGUGCCUGUGGGCAGUGAAAGGGACACAGUGAUACGAGCAAAGUCUCUGUGUCGAGCUCUGGGUGGAGAGCUGGACCUCAGUGAGACCACAUUGGAUCAGAGGGCUUGUGAUGCUUUGGUCUGGAUACUGGAGUUUUCUGAGGGACUGACAGAACUAAACCUCAGUCACUGUCAACUCACAGACCAGCUCCUGCACACACUGAUCCCCCAUUUGCACAAAGUGCAAGACCUGGAUGUGAGUCACAAUAAGAUCACUGAUGCUCUGACUGACAGAUUACUCCAGCUGGUCUCCAUCAACACCUCCAUCACUGUGAGAGUCUUCAGUAAUAAUAUCAUGGACAGAACCCCCUUUUUGAAUGACAAACACUUUGAAAUGUGGUGAACCAAUCAGCUGCAGUUUUUGGGCCGACAGAGGGAAGUGGACAAAUGUUUCAUAAUGCUCAAAUAUGGUGUUAUUGUGGAGCAUAUGUACUUGAUAUUUUAAUGUAGCCUCAUGACAGCCACGUGGUCACAUCAUAGAAUAAUGUUUUGUGACUGGCAGCACAGCCCAGUGCAACUGUGA